AUGGUCAGCCUCAAGUCCAUCGUCCUUGCCUCCCUCGCCGCUUUCGCGGUCGCCAACCCCAUCGACCUUGACAAGCGCCAAGGCACUGGUGGCAUCACCUCCGUCACUUGCGGUAGCAAGACCUACUCCCGCUCUCAGCUCAACUCUGCUACCAGCAAGGGCUGCAGUCUCUACGCCGCUGGCCAGACCCUUGGCAGCAACAAGUACCCCCACAAGUUCAACAACCGCGAGGGCCUUCCUCUUGCUACCUCGGGCCCUUACCAGGAGUUCCCCAUUCUUUCUUCCGGUGUUUACACUGGCGGCUCUCCUGGUGCCGACCGCAUCGUCUUCAACCCUAGCUACAACGGCCAGUGUGUCUAUGUUGGCGCCAUCACUCAUACCGGUGCCUCUGGCAACAACUUUGUUUCCUGCAGGACCAACUAA